AUGAUGGGGAGUAUGACCAGGGCGAGGAGCAUUUUUCAGGCGGCGAAUCUAUUGGCCAAGAGUAGGAAUAGGGACCCAUUUAAAUGGACAGAGAUUUUUAAAGGGUUACAUCGCAAAGCGUUUUUAUUAACCAUAGCAAAUGGGGAUGUAGUUGACACUAAUGUUAAUAUUUGUACCACUAGAGAAAUAUCGCUGGUGUUUGAAGCCUUCUCCAGGAUUUCCAAAUGCACUAAGUUGGUUGAAUUAAAUAUCAGUCAAAAAAUUGCCAAUAAUUAUGGUAGUUUAGCCAAUUUUGAUGAAUCUGGGAAUCGCAGAUAUAAUGAAUACACAUUUGGAUUCUACGAUUUGGUAAAUUUGUACCUACCAUUAACGCUAAAGUGCGUAGAUCAUUUGAAUAUACAUGAUAUAUACAAAUUGUUGAGCUUUUUGAAGGCUCUGGGACAAGAAUCCUACUUGAUCUACAACACGUUGGACAAACUCUCAGAAAAAUUUACAAACGAAUGCAACUCCCUGUCAACUUCCCAAAUAUGUCAACUACUUAAAAUAUUUACAGGACAACUGGAACAAACUCAAUCAUUCACGCAGAUCAUAAUGCCACUGAUCAAUACAUUGCGUAGUAAUAUUAUGAGUUUGAACACAAAUCAAUUAUACGAAAUUAUUGAAAUCCUUUAUUUAAUUCGUGAAAUACCGUGUAAUCAAAUUUUAUACGAUUGUUACAUCCGUUUAAGGGAGGAUUACCAUCAUUUAUCUCUGAAACAAAUUACUUUAAUCAUUUCUUGCUAUUCCAGGCAUUACAAACACACACAUGUGUACAUUCCAAGUUUAAUGCAUCAAAUUUCAGAUUUUUUAAUGAAAAAAUGCAGCGCAAAGCUUAAUGACAAACAAUUCUUCUUAAAUGCAAUAGAUGCUAGAGUCUUGUGUCAACUCUUCAAAUCAUAUUCUACAAUAGGCUAUAUUUAUAGGCCAUUAUUUGAUAUGUUAUUCGAGAUACUUCAUGUUUGGUCCGAUAAGUUAUCAUUAAUUCAUUAUUCUACAAUCGCAGCUUCACUAGCUUCCCUCCAAACAAAGCACAAUGUCUAUCUUUACAAUUACACAGACUUGAAAUUUAAAGAUACACAUUCUAGCCAGCGUAAUGCCCUACCUGAGACCUAUACUAGCCUUUCCAAGGAUAAGAUUCAUUGUAAUCCAAUAAGACAUUGGCUUCAUGUCAAAGAUAAACUACAGUUGAAAUCUAAACAUGAAGAUUGCAUAGUGUAUACGAGAAAUAAAUUUGAUGAGAAGAAUGAAAUGAAAGCAGUAAUUUUGAUACCUAAAGAAAACUACAGUUCCAAUUUUAUUUGCUGGUGGAGGCAUCUAUUAAUACACUUAUCAUCCCACAUUGAAAAUUUAAAGACUAAAAAGAAAAAAGCUGAUAUCGAUUUUGCAAAUGUUUCUAUCGAAAUUUUGGAUUCAAUGGCAAAAUCUGGACAAUCACAUGCCCAAGUUGUUUCCCAAUUACUCAAUUUCAUUUAUUAUGAAAUUGACACAUUGAGUGGCAUUACGGUACUGAGUUUACUGUGCAAUUUGCAAUCUCUACAGAUAAAUUACUCAGAAUUACUUGAAAUGGUUGCCACAAAAAGAUUCAAUGAAUUUACUAUACCCCAAUCUCUAAUCUGCAUUAAUCUCAUAUUGGCAAAUUGCAUACCUCUACAAGAACAGCACAUGGAUUUUUUGCACAAGAUUUCAACCCAAAUUACAUGCAAUUCAAACGCCAAAAACCUGUUAGAAUUUUCUCAUCCUUCAACGUUAAUUGACAUUGCAGGCCAUUUAUCAAUUAGUAAUCUAAACGACAGAAACAUAUGCCAAGCAUUAAUCAACAUAGUAAAAACUAAUCUAUUCAGUACUAUCUGUCCAUGGUUUGAAGAGCUAGUAAAUUCAAGCAUAAGCAAGUUUAAUUUGCAAUUAUUACCACAUGAAGAUAAUUAUGUCAAUAACAACUUGAUCUAUUCAAAAUUAAGAACUGGCGGCAAAUUUCACUCAUUAUCUAAGAUAAAGUUGCCAACUAUUGUUAUAAGAGAUAAUUAUGAGCAUAAGGCACCGACAACCACUAUUAUACCCUACCAUUGGGAAUUAGAAAGUUUUAAGAAAUCACUAUACCGAAUUCAAUUGGAAUUUUCACGACAUAACAUUACAUAUAUAUCAAAAUGUACAAUAAAUUCAUGCCCUAUAGAUAUAUUAUACUCUAUUCCGGAGAAUGAAACCGAUAAAUUUGUAAUACUGUGUUUGGCACCGGAUGAAUUUGACACUCCCACAGCAAAUUACACUCACACUUGUUAUUGGAAGACUAGGUUGGCAUAUUUAAAUACUAUGGGAUUUGAAAUCAAAAUUUUACUUUGUGGUAACAUUUGUGAUGAUUUUUUUACAAAAAUUAACGAUGCAGGCAAUGAUGUUCUGCCUAGCUUAUAG